GAUCCACAGAUUUUUAUUUCUUCAAGGCCCUUUUCUGCUUUUUUGCUUACGCGUGGGACAGGUGUCCAUGUACUCACGUUGUUUUCCUCACUUGAUCAAUCCAAUAAUAUCUUUCUUUCUUUGCCUAAAAGAAAAAUAUCUUUCUUGUAUAUACUUAUAAAAGGUAUGGGUUGGCAAUGAUUCACUCUCCCAUCAAUUUUCUUCUUUACAUGUAACAUAUGCAAGACUAAAAUCUUAUAGAUGAUUUAAAUAAACAAUUUUAUAUACAAUUGUUGGACCAGUCCUUGCAAAAGGCAUAAAAGGCAUAAUAAAUAAAUACAUUCUUACUCUUAAGGAGUCAACAUAAAAAGAGUCAACAUUCACGCUCAGGGUGUAAAAGAAAUAAAUAAAUUCUUACUAUUACUAAAUAAAUAAAUACAUUCUUACUCUUAAAGCAUAAAAGGCAACGGGGUAGCGCCUGCAGGUUCUCUGUUGCCAGUGUCGCUGUGGUGCUGUAACAAAACUCUAAUUCUCUCUCUCUUAACGAAAUAUUGCACAAAACUCUUAUGUGUUUUUGAGAAAAAAAACACUCUUGUACUUAAUCAACACAAAAGAACAAAGUGUGAAAUAUCACUCUAACCUGAAGCCUUGUCUCACAUUAAGAAACACUCAUCUUUGGCAAACUUUUUGUUUGCCAGUCGUCGGUUUGCUUGCUAGGCAUGGCGCUACUCGAACAUGAUAUGUCAGGCAACCUCGCAUUCCCUAGCCUCGCAGUGGCGAAGAUGAUGCGACGUUGGAACUAUCGAGAAGGCUCAGGUCUCGGUGCACAUGGGCAAGGGAUCAUCGCGCCUAUACAAUUCACCGUGCGGUCUCCAAAAGCUGGCAUCGGUCAUUGUGAGAAACCAUAUGACAAUGGCCUAUACGUUCCGCCGUUGCCACAUGUGGAAGAGGAGUGGCAUACGUGGAAGGGUCUUUCACGAGCCCUGCGUCUUGAAGUAGAGUGCUACGAAAAGAUCCUCUCAUUGCUGCAUGACAUGGCUCUUCAAGGGGACGAUAGCGUGGAGACGGCGGACGCAUUGGCGGCGAUCGUCAAGUCCAAGAAGGUGAUCCAGGAGAACCGUGCGCUAGGGUUGUGGAAGGCCACACUGCCAUCCUCCACCUUGCGGUACAUCAUUGAGAAGGUGAUCAUGCCGAGGAUGGCCAUGGAUGCGCGAGAGUGGAUGCCAUCGUGGGAUCCGGAUUGUCACCACUGGCUUCACCCAUUGAUUCCUCUCAUCGACCACUUACCGGAGAGUCUCUAUGACAUUGUCGAAAGCAAGAUAAGCAAUGGCGGCUACGACAUCGUCUCGCCAUGGAAGGAAUACCUUGACCCAACGCAAUGGGAUACCUUCAGCCGACGCCACAUCUUACUGAAGCUGGCACAAUUCACACGGAACCUGAGGAUCACACCGCCGAAGCAAAUCGACUCCUCGUUCUGCACGUUGAUGCUAUGGGCACCUCUCGUGCAUGUUGAAGACAUGGUAUUUAUCCUAGAAGCCGAGUUGUUUUUCGACAAAUGGAAAAGUGCGCUGCGACAUUGGUUGCACGCCGCAAAGCCCUCGUUUGGGGAGGCCACCGCAUGGUGCACCGGCUGGAAAAAGCUCUUCACGCCAGAGCUACUCGCCGAUGAACGCGUGCUCGCACAUCUCGAAGUUGGUGUUGACAUUGUCAACAUACUUGUAAAUUAUACUUGGUAGUCUGCAUUGGCUGCAAAUUUUCUUAUAAACAUGUUGUUACUCCUUAGCAAUUUGUAUUGUAGAGAUGUAGUUACUCAUUUUGUUUCAAUGUAAUAUUGUGGAAAUACUCAAGUACCUACUCAAUAUUAUGCCACUCAAUAAAUCCUCUCAAGGAUAUUGGAGAUUAAGAAAAUGUUCCUUUUCUUCGGGUCGUAUGGAAAUAACAGGAAUAACUUAUUUGAUUAAAUCGCAACAGAUAAAAAAAAGUAUGUGCACCUUAGUAUAGCAAGAAGCAUGUUACCAUUCCAUGCAAAAUAAGACAUAUCAGAUGAAGAAUCACCAUAAUGCUGAAAACAUUCGAACAAUCAUCUCUUCUUCUAGAUUACCCCAAGUUGUACAUGAACAUUAACAUGGCAGGGAGGUUCAAGAUUAUCGACCACACCAUAGGCGCCUUACUUUCGACGAGAAAGUGGCCUACUUGUAAAAUAAUAUUCUGUCAUAAUGAGACAUACAUGACGCCAAACCUAACCUUUGAUCCCUUGUGGGCUGUGGUUAACAACCACCAUCUUAAUAGUCUAACAGAAAGUUGCUCUAGAAAAUGUAUAUUUCAUUUCCUCCCUCUUUAGUUCAUUUCCUCAACUAUAAGCUAAGUCGUGUUUUGAUCUAUAGUUUCUAAAGUAAGACAAAUUUGACCAUCAACUUUGAAAGCUGGCUCAAAAUUGAUGGUUCGUGUAAUAAUAAUUUCUUAGGAAAUAAAAAAAAUAGGAAAACUACAUUACAACUUUGCUUAAGAACUUAGAAAAUCCAGGUAAUUCAAGGAAAACUAUUACACAAUCCUAAGAAAAUGUAAAGGAUACAAACAUUCAGAAACAUUCACGACAGUAGAAAAAUUUGGUGUUAGUUUUCUUUUAGUUAAUUGUUUUUUAAUAAUAUUAUGACCUUUUCCUAAAAACAUUAGCCAUUUCACAUGUUUUUGGGUAACUUGUGUAGAAUUUAUUUCAUUUUAUUUUUUCAGAAUGCUGCAUGAUUUUAAGUACUGUUAUUUUUUUGCUUUAAUAAUAUUCUGAUUUUUUAUUUCUAUAAUUUAUGUUUUCUACCAUAUUUUAAUGGGUUGGGACGUGUGCAAAAUCAUCUACGCAUCAUUAGUCAAACCACUUAAUUCAACAAGGUAAUGCAUCUACCUGUUUUAAAGUUAUCAGCCAAUCCUUUCUAGUUCUCAGAGAGUAUUCUAGUGACCCAAAAUGGGCGUUUUCCUUUGCUUCAGGAUAAACAAAUUAAGCCGUGGGUUACCAUUUCCCAUCCGAAUGGCAUUGUGUAAUUUGUCUGCAGCGCAUCUUGCUCAAAAUUGAACUUGAUUACAAUUUUGAAACGGCUAAUAAAGUUUUUAUUUGAAAAUGAGGGAUUCCCCCGGCCUUUUGCAUCAGAAAUGACUACUAUUGGUAAAAGAAAAAUUAAUCCAACUCUGCAAAGUGUGCCAAUUUAUACAUGCAAUCUUUGCUUGUAUGUGCAUAACUACUAGCUAGCUAGCGUGCACUCGACAUUUGUUUUUGUUUUUCGAACAACAACAAUAGCAACAGGAGAAUAGAGAAUUCAGGGAUGAGUUGAACAGCACCGAAAAGGCCAGGUCAGGGUUGCACUAUUUCGAAUUUUUGAUGGAUAUGUGCGUCUGCUUUACAGCCAUCGCAUUGCAUGGCAACCAGCCGCUUUCUUAGCUUUGCAUAUUUUCACGCUUUUUAUCCUGUUUUUCAUGCAAUCAUUGUUUUCUUUAGCUGCUUUCUUAGCUUUACAUUCCCUCUUUAAGUCUUUAUAUCCCAACUGAACCCACCCAAGAUCGAUUGAGGGUGCAAAGACGUCGAAAUCACAAGGAAAUAAAGUGAAAGGCAGCCUGGCAGAAUGUUCUUGAGGCUUGAGCAAAGAUGAGGGUGAAUAUUAUGCUGGCAUGAACCCUUAAUAACCGAAUGAAUAGAAUUUCACAUUAA